AUGACUUCUUCACCUUCAUAUCGUCAUACCGAGCCGCCCGACUCUCCUACGCACGACUCCGACUCCGACCUCGACCUCGACCUCCAGGAGCUUGAUCCCAUCUCCACCGCGCCCACCCGAGGCUCCAAGCCCGAGCUGACCGACACGUCGCAAAAGUCCUCGAGGAUAGCCCUCCGCAACUUGCGUAUGGGUGGGCUGCGCAGAGCGGGCAAGCGACAUCGCACCUAUGGGGAGCUUGGUCACGACCGCGAUGCCGUCGACGAGGAUGACGACUCACAGCGCCUUCUGGGCGAUCGAGACGACGCUCAAGGGAGCGAGGAUGGCGCGCCUCUUCUCGGCGGGCGGUCCAGGGACAAUCAAGGGCGCAGAAUGUCGCUUAGCUCUGUCCUGAGAGUGCCUAGCUUUAUGUCGGGGACCAAAAAAGGACCCGACGACGAAGAGCUCCCGGAGGAAGAUGACCCCUCGUCAUCGCGAAUCGUCCCAGUCGGAUCUGUACAACCGGUGCGAUAUCCCACGAAUAUGGUCUCCAAUGCCAAGUAUACGCCUUGGUCGUUUCUUCCCGUCACACUUUACAACGAAUUCUCCUUCUUCUUCAACAUGUAUUUUCUCCUCGUCGCCCUGUCGCAAAUUAUCCCUGCUCUGCGAAUCGGCUAUCUUACUACUUACAUCGCGCCGCUAGCGUUUGUGCUGUGCAUCACUAUGGGAAAGGAAGCUUGGGACGAUAUUGACCGACGCCGCCGAGACAAUGAAGCCAACUCGGAGCAAUACACGGUCCUCAGAUUUACGGACCCUACGUUGGAAUCAAGUUCGCGACCGAAAAAGCUCCUCAAGUCCGAAACGAUGAAGCGCGGUUCUAAAAAAGGCCGAGCGGAAAGAAUGGAGAGAGCUGGGUUGUCGGAUAUACAAGAAGACCCCGAGUCCGAGCCCGCAAAACCUUCCUCGACAAUAGUGGAAGUCAGCCGAAAGUCCAAGGAUCUUGCUGUCGGUGAUGUUCUUCGUCUGACCAAGGGGCAGCGUGUGCCGGCAGACGUUGCCAUUCUUCAGUGCCUAAAUAGCGAGACUUUGGACAAGAGUGAAUUAGAUGAGGAGUCCGAGUCGGCCGAUUUGGUUGCGUUGAAUGAUGAACUCGAGUCAGUUUCCAAGGGCAAGCAGCCCGCAACCGAGAGACGGAACUCGGCAGCAACAAAGGUCACUGUUGGCGAAACGUUUAUCAGAACAGAUCAGUUGGACGGUGAGACGGAUUGGAAGCUCCGACUUGCAUCACCGCUUACCCAGAAUAUUGCUCCCGAGGAGCUUGUCCGCUUGCGAGUCAAUGCCGGAAAGCCGGAUAAAAAAGUCAACGAGUUUAUCGGAACUGUUGAAUUGCUUCCGUCUCGCGAAGAGGCUACUCAGCAGCAGGCUACCCUCAGCCAAGAAGAAGGAUCUGCCACGACUGCUGCAUUGUCCAUCGACAACACAGCGUGGGCGAACACAGUCAUUGCUUCACAAGGAAGCACUCUGGCAGUAAUCAUGUACACCGGGCCCCAUACCCGAUCCGCUCUAUCUACAUCGCCAUCUCGUUCCAAGACUGGUCUUCUCGAAUACGAAAUCAACUCGCUCACCAAGAUCCUUUGCGCGCUAACUCUUGCACUCUCCAUCGUGCUUGUGGCAUUUGAGGGCUUUGAAAACAGACCAGGGAAGCCAUGGUAUAUCCAAAUCAUGCGGUUUCUGGUUCUCUUUUCUACUAUUGUGCCUAUUAGCUUGCGUGUCAAUCUCGACAUGGGAAAAACUGCUUACGGCCGCUUCAUCCAAAGAGAUCCUGGCAUUCCAGGUGCAGUCGUCCGUACCAGUACCAUUCCAGAGGACCUCGGCCGCAUCGAGUAUCUUUUGAGUGAUAAGACAGGGACUUUGACGCAAAAUGAUAUGGAAAUGAAAAAGAUUCACAUUGGAACAGUUUCUUACGCCAACGAAGCAAUGGACGAAGUGAGCUCCUAUGUUCGCCAAGGUUUCUAUAUUCAGCCGACAACAGACCCUGCGACACAAAGCAUGCUGAUUACUCCAUCAUCUACGUAUGUGAACACGGUCGCUGUUGGCGCUACUCGAACAAGAAGAGAGAUUGGUACCAGAGUCCGUGAUGUUGUCUUGGCUUUGGCACUUUGUCACAAUGUGACACCUACUACUGACGAGGAAGAUGGUAAGGAAGUCACGUCAUACCAGGCAUCCUCUCCUGACGAGAUUGCAAUUGUCAAAUGGGCCGAAGCGGUUGGACUGAAGCUUGCUUCUCGCGACCGAAAGAGUAUGACGCUUGCUGCUACCACAACUGGGCGGCCAGUCGUUCGUGUCAGCAUCCUUGAUGUGUUUCCGUUUACCUCGGAAGGAAAGCGAAUGGGUAUCAUUGUUCAUUUCCAAGAUGACCUCAAGAAGCCAAACCGCGAUCUCAGCACUGGUGAUAUUUGGUUCUACCAAAAGGGUGCAGACACUGUCAUGAGUUCCAUCGUGGUUGCAAACGAUUGGCUUGAUGAGGAGACGGCCAACAUGGCUAGAGAGGGUCUGCGAACUCUGGUUGUUGGCAGGAAGAGGCUUUCCUAUCAGCAAUAUCAGGAAUUCUCUUCCAGAUAUCACGAGGCGUCACUAGCGAUUCAAAAUCGCGAUGCUGGCAUGCAAUCGGUCGUUGCGCAAUACCUGGAAAGCGAUCUGGAACUGCUUGGCGUUACUGGUGUCGAAGACAAGCUACAACGCGACAUCAAGCCGUCCCUUGAGCUCCUCCGCAACGCCGGCAUCAAGAUCUGGAUGCUUACCGGUGACAAGGUCGAAACUGCUCGAUGCGUGGCGGUAAGCUCCAAACUUGUCGCACGCGGGCAGUACAUUUACACCGUCGCCAAAUUGAAGCGCAAGGAUAACGCCCAAGAGCAUCUCGACUUUUUACGCAACAAGACUGACGCUUGCCUGUUGAUUGAUGGUGAAAGUCUGGCGCUCCUUCUCACUCACUUUCGAAUCGAGUUCAUCUCUGUGGCAGUGCGUCUACCGACUGUCGUAGCAUGUCGAUGCAGUCCAACCCAGAAGGCAGAAAUUGCGACUCUGAUCAAAGAAUACACAAAGAAGCGCGUCUGCUGUAUUGGUGAUGGUGGCAAUGACGUCUCCAUGAUUCAAGCUGCCGAUGUUGGUGUCGGUAUUGUCGGCAAAGAAGGUCGGCAGGCCAGUUUGGCGGCCGAUUUCUCUAUUGAGCAGUUUUGCCAUUUGGUCAAAUUGCUUGUCUGGCACGGACGCAACAGCUACAAGCGCAGCGCCAAGCUCGCCCAGUUUGUCAUUCAUCGCGGUCUCAUCAUUGCCGUGUGCCAAACCAUGUACAGCAUUGCUCUCAAAUUCGAACCGGAGGGUCUGUACAUUGACUGGCUCAUGGUGGGAUAUGCGACUGUCUACACUGCGGCUCCCGUUCUGUCUCUGGUUUUGGACAAGGAUGUGGACGAAAACCUGGCCAACUUGUAUCCUGAGCUGUACAAGGAGCUCACCACUGGUCGGUCACUCUCGUACCGCACAUUCUUCGUUUGGGUCCUGGUCUCCAUCUACCAAGGCGGCAUGAUUCAGGGCCUAUCGCAGAUUCUCACUGGCGUCGAGAAUAAGAAAAUGACGGCCGUCAGCUACACGGUGCUCAUCUUGAAUGAGCUCCUCAUGGUGGCGAUUGAAAUCACCACCUGGCAUCCCAUCAUGAUUAUCAGCAUCCUGGGCACGUUUCUCAUGUAUAUUGGAUCCAUGCCUUUUCUUGGCGGAUAUUUUGAUUUGGAGUUUAUUAUUACAUGGGGCUUUGUUUGGCGAGUUCUUGCCAUCCUUUCCAUCUCACUUGUGCCACCUUACGCGGCGAAGCUUAUUAGGAGAACGAUGAAACCGCCGUCGUACAGAAAGGUGCAAAAUCGAUAG